AUGGACCCACAGGACCAACAGACAACUUCAGAUGAACUUCAGGACCGACUUCGUGCUCUGACACAAGAAAAUUUGCAGCUGCAUGACAAGAAUGAACGCCUUUUCACCAAAGUGGGCUACCUGGAGAGCAGACUGGGCCACCUGGCCAGCUCCAACACAGACCUGUCCUGCAGGCUGGUUCAGAGCGAAGAGGAAAAACUCAAGAUAUCUAAGGAGCUUGUGGAGGAGAAAAUACAGACAAACAAGAUGAGGGAGCAGUUUGAAGAAGAGACAUUUGAGCUGAAAAACAAGAUAUUGAACCAAGCCGGUAUAAUAACAGAGCUUGAGAUGGAGAGAGACAACUUAUUGAGGGAACUCCAGUCUGCUGAGGCUCGUCUGAAAGGGGGAGAGAAGAGCGGCCAAGAGCUGACAGAGGAGUAUGCCACACUGAAGAAGAACUACCUUACUCUGGCUGAGGCCCAUGAUGAAGAGCGUGCCCAGAGUGAAGAGCUGAGUGCUGAGCUGUUGGCACUGGCUCAAGCCCAGGACGCUCUCCGCAGGCAGCUGGAGGAGCAGCAGCAGAGUGUGAAGACCACCACCCAGGGCCUGCACAGCGAGCUGGACAGGGUGCAGGCCUUGAUCAGCCGCAUGUCACAUAGCAGAGUCAAGUUUGAGGAUUUGGCAGCUUUGGACAAGGAGCAAAAGAAUCUGGAAAAAAUUCUACUUGGAAACCAAGAUGAGAUCAAAGACAUGCUGGAGAAAAUGAAGAACAGCUACGAGGAGCAGCAGAAGAAACUGGAGGAGAAAGUGGUGGAGAUGGGUAAAGAGCACCAAGAGAACAAGAGAGCAAUCCAUAGACGGCAGCAGGAACUAUCUGAGCAGAGUGCGGCCCUGAUGUGCUCUCAGAGCCAAGUGAAGGAGGCAGAAGAAGAAAACUCGAAGCUGCAGCAUCAGGUCAAAGAGCUGAAUGAGGAAUACCGUGCAAGGCUUGUGUGCUAUUUACAGGACUUAGCUGAGUACAUCGAUGGACUUGGUGAAGGCAAAAGCCCUUUAGAGACUUCCAAGAUGAGGGCCCACGUGGACAGCAUGCUGCAGGAUGUUCGUUCAUCCUAUAAGGUCAGAGAGGAGCAGCUCGCCUACGCUGCUCGCUCCUAUAAGAAGAGACUUCAGAAGAUCACAAAGACGCAUCAUGCUCUUCUCAUCGCAUACAGGGUUCAAAGGGAUCAGAUCUUGGCCAACCCAGACAGCAGUCUUGACCCUGGACCUCCAGAAGCCAGCUUCAGCCUGGAGCCCUCUGAGCUCAGAGAUGAAAGUGAGAAGGAGCUCCAGCACCUUCGCCAGGACAAAGCGAGGCUGGAGGCUCAGCUGCAGGCGGCCCAGAAGCAGGUUGCAUUCCUUAAGAUGCCGGUUCAAAAUAUAAGCCAUCAAGAGCGAGCAUGCGAGGAAUCCUGGUCGGACAUAAGGAAACAGCUGAAGGAGAUCACAGCCUCUACACUGGUUGGCUUUGAGAAGGAGCGCGCUGUUCUCCUCACCAGGGCCACGGUUGCAGAGGCGCAGGUGUCAGAGCUGCAGGAUUAUAUUGACAACCACUUGGGCAGGUAUAAAGAGGAGAUCACACAUCUGUGCAGACUGCAAGGGAUUCAGGAGGCUGGGCGCUCCCAAAGUGGUGCUGCUCAUAUUGGUGGUUUCUCUAUGAAAGGCCCCCAAAGAAAUCUGGCCUUGAGAAAAAAAUGCCUGGAAUGUUUGUAAAGCUUAUGUCAAUUUCACGAGCCUGGGAGAAGAAAGCGUGGUGACAAUGAGGGGUCACCCUGGUGAGAAUAAUGUCAUUACAUGUUACCCAGACACAUACACGCCCGUGAAUACUUUCCCUCAAUGCCGUGCUGAGAACUGUGGCGCAAACAAGCCAGGCUU